CAGAUCUCAUCGGCGACAUCACUCAGUUGGUCCACUCGUAUACAAGGCUUUGCCAUCUGUUUUGUCUUGGGUUUUGUCUUCUCUAUCUUGGGAUCCGCUUUAAUAGCGUUACCGAAAGGCUUAAUAUUAUUUGCCAUGUUUUACACGAUAGGAAAUCUGACAUCAAUGGCCAGUACCAUGUUUUUGAUGGGACCCUUCCGUCAGAUUAAGAAGAUGUUUAACGAGACGCGAGUGUUGGCCACUCUCGGCGUCUUUCUGUUCAUGAUUUUAACCCUUUUAUCGGCCCUUUGGUGGAAGAGAGCCCUUCUGGCCGUUAUCUUCUGUAUUCUUCAGUUCCUGGCCUUCACGUGGUAUUCCCUUUCAUACAUCCCAUACGCGAGAGAUAUGGUCCGCAAAACCAUUACGUCUUGUGUCUGAAUCUCAUUUAAUGUUAAAAUAUACGGCUUUUUAACACAAUUAUUAUAAUAAACAUAAAAUCCUUUUGUGCCUUAUUUUGUGACACAAUUGAAUAUUCUAUUAAAACUGUUUCAAACUCUACACUAAAUAUUUAAUGAAAUGUGUGGUAAGAAAUCUCACAACAGUAAUGACUAAUUUGUAUUAAUUCAUAAUUAGUUGAUUUUAUUACUAUAUUGUUAUAUGUAUUGUAUUUGCAGUGAAUUUCCUAAAUUCU